UCAAAGUUGACAUUGGCCAUGUGUGUAAUGUUGCCGCAUCUACUACAGGACUGUUAGAUACAGCUACACUUCAUGAGUAAAUAUUUAUGAUAAUAGGCAUUACAGUUAUAGUUAGACGGCUUAUUUACGUUUUAGGAGACCGUAUUGUUCGUCAGCGGAAGUUAUAUCCGAACAUUUUGUUCAUGCUGAUCGGUAACUUCCGUAGUCCGGCUGUGAUGCCAGUCUGCAUCCUUUAGCUGCUUAAGAGUUUAGCAGGACAUGUUUAAAACCCGACAACUGUUAAGUGCCUUAUUCAAUCACAGACUUACGCUAGAGAGAAACGGUGGCCUUUGUAAGUUAUUUUGCAUGAUGAGUGAAGCAUCCAUAGAUGAGCAGACAGCCAAGCAGCUGAAAAGAGCCAAUGAAGAAAAUGAAGACUCUGCUGAGAAGCUGCAGGCUACAAAAAAAUUAAAAGUGGAAGAGGAACCAACUGAAGAUGAAAAGAAAUAUCCCAAAAAGAAAGUUGUCCUCCUCCUGGCAUACUCCGGGAAGGGAUACUAUGGCAUGCAGAGAAAUCCUACAGCUACUCAGUUUAGGACCAUUGAAGAUGAGCUGGUCACCUCACUUGUUAAAUCAGGUUGCAUUCCUGAAAACCAUGGCGAUGACAUGAAGAAGAUGUCUUUCCAAAGAUGUGCCAGAACAGAUAAGGGCGUGUCUGCAGCUGGCCAAGCGGUGUCUCUUAAGGUGAGAUUGAUGGAAGACAUCAUUGAAAAAAUCAAUGAGCAUCUGCCACCGCAGAUCAGAGUGCUCGGACUCAAACGGGUGACUCAGGGUUUCAACUCCAAGAACAACUGUGAUGCUCGUACAUACUGCUACAUGCUUCCAACUCUGGCCUUUUCCCCAAAAGACAACGACAUUGGCAACAUAGCAGCGUUUCGGCUUGAGCCAGAGACACUUGAGAGGGUGAACCGUCUGUUUGCUUCCUACAAAGGCACCCAUAACUUCCACAACUUCACCUCUCAGAAGGCUGCAAGUGACCCCAGUGCUCGUCGGUACAUCAUAGAGAUUUCGUGCGGAGAGCCUUUUAUCAACAACAAUACUCAGUUUGCAGUGAUCACUGUCAAAGGCCAGAGCUUCAUGCUGCACCAAAUCCGAAAGAUGAUCGGCCUGGUGAUUGCGGUGAUAAAGGGUUAUGCGAAGGAGGAUGUGAUUGAGCGGAGCUGGGGACAGGAUAAGGUGGAUGUGCCCAAAGCUCCAGGGCUGGGGUUGGUCCUGGAAAAGGUUCACUUUGACCGGUACAACAAACGCUUUGGAGGGGACGGGCUGCACGAGCGUCUGGAGUGGGACCAAGAGGAGGAGGCCGUCAAGGCCUUUAAGGAGGCUCACAUCUACCCCAGCAUUGUUGAAACAGAGCGUGAUGAGGGCUCCAUGGUCAGCUGGAUGUCAACACUUCAUAUCCAUGACUUUGAGGCUUCAGCCAAAGCUACUGACACUAAAAACAAGGACCAGAAACAGGACAAUGCAGAAGAAGGGAAUGCCUCGGAUUAGGUACCCCAGUCUGAGGAAAGAAGAGUUUUUCUCAACAAAACAUUCUCAUUUGUUUGGAAUAUGUUUUUGAUUGACUAUUUUUGUGGGAUUUAAUUCUGCUUCUCUUUUACAUAUGUUAUUAAACAAACAACACAA